AUUCAAGUUAAACUGUGCAAAACUACGGCCCUCCAGGAACUGGAUUUAAUACCUGUUACUUAUGAUUUUGAGGUCAAUAGUCACGAAUGAGAAGUUUGUAUUAGGAAAAGUUCAUAGGAGUUGAUAAAUAGCAUUGUGUAACAAUUCCAACUGUCAAUGGCUCAUUAAUUAACUCAUUAAUUAAUAGAAUAGAUCACACACUAUUACAUGUUAGGAUUUGGUGGAAAAAUAAAUACCCAACAUAAAUAAUUUAGUGAAAAUUAAUUUUGAUUCCUAUACUUUUUUCUUUAUUGUUGACCAUUGCGGCAUUGGCACUAAAUGUUUACUGCUAGUUGUUUUACUUUGCAUUAUAUAUUUCACAAUGAUGCAACUAAAAUGAUGAUCUGCCUACUCUAAGUUUGCUUGUAUUUAAAAACAGACAAAACUGGGCAUUUAUACAGGGCAGUCAUAUUAAAAUAAUAAUUAUUAAAAAGUUACAGUUCUCUCAUGACCAGUGCCUUUUGCUUUUAUUUUAUUUAAUUUUUUUGUUUAUCACAAAGCAGAAUGCAUGUUUUCCAAUUUAAUGAAAUUACAUUAUUUUUCAGAUGAGGAUGAAUAUCUCUGUACUGUUGGUGCUUCUGCCAGUUGGGAUUGUUGGAGCUGAUUCAUAUGGAGUUUCAGUGAUGGAGGGAGAUCCAGUCACUCUACCCACCAAUGUUACAAAAACCCAACAGGAAGAUGUUAAAUAUUAUUUCAACAACACUCUUAUCGCUCAACUCACUGGAGAUCUCAGUUUUGCUUGCACUGAUGUGCAGUGUAAUAAAGUGAAUGAGAGAUUCAGAGGCCGACUGAAGCUAGACUAUGAAACUGGAACUCUGACCAUCAUGAACACCACAAGCACAGACUCUGGAGAUUAUCAUCAAGAGAUCAUCGGCAGCGGCACCAUCCAUGAAAAUAUCUUCAAUGUUUCUGUCCAUAAUGUUUCUGCUACUAAAAGAGAUGUAGUCAAGAAAAUGUCAGAGAAGGAGGGAGAAUCUGUCACUUCAGAUUCUGUUUCAGUUCUGUCUUUAGGUGCUGUAGCCGGAAUGUCUUGUUGUUAUUGCUGCUGUUGCUGGUGGGAUUUACUAUCACAGACAUCAGCAGAGUGUAGAGCUCUCUACGUUUACCCACUUUUGAUGACUUCUACUGCUGAAAAACCUGGAAAUUGUUCAUUUCCGAAGUUCAAGGCUUUUUCGAGGUUCAAGGUACUGGAAAUCCACUCAGGGGGCUGGCUGGCUGCACAAUAUCAUCUAGCUUUUCUGGUCAAAAUGAACAUCAAAGUGCUAAUCAUUCUAUCAGUUGGGUUUUUUGGAGCUGGUUCAGAUAGAGCUUCUGUGUCCGUGAUAGAGGGGGAUUCAGUUACCCUACCCACUGAUGUUAUAAUGAUCCAGGAGCAAGAUUUUAAAUGGUAUUUCAAUGACACUCGCAUAGCUCAAAUGAAUGGGGAUCGCAGUUACUCCUGUACAGAUGUUCACUGUAAUGAAGGUACUGAGAGAUUCAGAGGCAGACUGACGCUGGAUCAUCAGACUGGAUCUCUGACCAUCAUCAACACCACAACCACAGACUCUGGAAAUUAUUCACUAGACGUUUUCAGCCAAGGAAAUCACAAUGUAAAAACUUUCAGUGUGUCUGUCUAUGGGGUCUCUGCUGCGCUAAUAGCUGAAGUGAGGAGAAUUUCAGUGGAAGAGGGAAAAUCUGUAAAUUUGGAUUCCGGUGUUGCAAGAAAACCAAAUAAUGACCUGACGACCUGGCAUUUUAAUGACAUCCUCAUUGCUGAGGUCACUGGAGAACAGAGUAGGAUUUGUACAAAUGACCAGUGCAUGAAGCUAUUUAAGGACAGACUGAAGCUGGACAAUCACACUGGAUCUCUGACCAUCACGUACAUCACAACUGAACAGGCUGGACUAUACAAGCUUUUCAUGGUCAGCAGCGGAUCCAGCAUUCGACGCCGCCGUCGUGAAAACAGCAAGCCCAUCGUAAAAAACUUCCGCGUUGAUGUCACUAAAUCAGGUCUGUCUCCUGCCCUUAUCCCAAUAUGUGUUGCUGUUGCUCUUCUCAUUGUUGCCAUUUUUGCUGGAUGGAUUUGCUAUCAAAAGAACCAACAAGGUGAUAACAACCGCAGAAGGCAGAACACAGAGGAGCAACGUCAGGAGAUAGCGUUGAUGACCCCUCCAGAUACUGCUGCAAACGGGACUUCACAGUCGCAAUCGUAAAGCGAGGUAGCAGAUGAAGACCUGUUAAACAUUAAAGGACUGAAUGAAGUUUAGGACUGAGAUGAAGAGACCAACACCACUACCAGUAAUAGGCAGUACCAUAAGCAAAUGUAUUUGAAAUGCUUAUUUAACCUUUGGUGUUCAUUGUGAAUCACUUUUUUAUUCAGGACCUCAUUCAGGGAUAUAAUUCUAGCUUUUUCCUCAGGUCUGUUAGGUGCACUUUGUUUAAUAUAAUGCUGUGUAUUCCUAAAAUGUGUUUGCAUUACCAAGGCACAACUUAUCUGCAUGGUCAGUUAGUGUUGUCAUUUACUCAUCCCUGGCUUGCUUCAAUGGUGAAUUCAAUUAAUCUUUAUUUGUAUAGCGCUUUUACAAUGUAGAUUGUGUCAAAUCAGCUUAACACAUAAGUUAUAAGCUAGUAGAUUAAAACUUUCAGUCCACAUUUUAGAGUAGGAUUUCUGUUUAGUUCAGUUCGGUGUGGUUUAAUUUUCACUGCGGAAAGUACAAACACUUGAGAGCAAAUCCAUCAUUGUGCAGCUCCACAAGUCCCAACCAAGCAAUUUACAAGGUUACAGGUUUUCAACAUUCUUAAAGUUUUAUCUCAAUCUUAUUUUGUGUAGGGUAAGGGAAAAAAGAUUAGCUGGUUUUAAACAAGUCAAGGUGACAGAAGUAAACACCAGCUACAGCAGAACCCUACUAUUGACUGAAAUGUAAUGGAUCAGUGUCUUGAAACUAGGGCUGUGCGAUUAUGGGCAAAAUAAAUCAAUUACGCUAUUCUUGAAAAAAUUGCGAUUUUCAAUUAAAAUUUUUGUCACACACAGACGUUUUACACUGGGAAUCUGAAACAUAUCUCCAAAGGAAAACUAUUAGAUCAUUAUAAAAGACCUGUGAAAUGUCUCUAAAUCGCACAUAAGUUAAAAAAUAAAGUAAAAAUCACCUAGUAAAGGUCGAACAAAUUGUCUCUAGAACAGACCUACAGUAUGGCAACACAAAUAAAUUGUGCGCGCACGUCAAACUCAAGUAAAGCUCCGAUGAUCUGCUUGACCACAUAUCAGAAGUAGUUGCUUUUACUUUUCUACGUAUCGCUACGUAUUGCGCUCGCAUGUUGAGAGCCACACGCUCUUGGGUAUUCCUGGCACACCUAGUUGAAAACAAACAGACAAGCUUCUUAAAUGUAACUUUUCAGAAUGCCGCACCGCAAAUCACGUACCCAAAACUGACUGAUAAGCUUCAUACGUUGUAUAAAAUAUGCACAUUUUCAUUCAUUCAUUUUCUUUUUGUCUUAGUCCCUUUAUUAAUCCAGGGUUGCAAACUCCACACAGAAACGCCAACUGACUCAGCCGAGGCUCGA